ACUAAGCGUUCAAUUUGACAUUGAUUUAAAAAGGCUUCAUACUUUAUACUUGAAAAUUGGAUAGUUUCUGAUGAAUACUGGGAGGUUUAUUAUCGUCGUUCGAGGGAAGCAAUUGACAACAAGCAGUGACGUGAACGGAAGUGUUGGACGGAAGUGUCUCGUCGUCAGCUGAUAGAGGCUAGCUUCGGUCAAAGAUGGCUUUUCCCAAGUCCAGCAACCCGUUUGCAGAUGAUGAUGAAGAAGAGGGAGCGUAUGGGUCUAACGCUGGGGGAAUCGAUGAAAACGAUAGAGGUUUGAGUGAUGCUGAGAGGCGUCAAAGACACCUGCAGCAGGAGGUUAUGCGCACAGCCAAGUCUGCGGUGGACAGCAGCCACCGGUCCCUUGCUCUCAUCUACGAUUCAGAGAAGAUGGGUGUGGACACUGCAGAGGAGCUGAUGCGUCAGGGGGAGGCUCUGAAAAGGUCAGAGAAGAUGGUAGACAACAUGGAGGAAGACUUGAAGACCAGCCAGAGGCACAUCAACGGCAUCAAGAGUGUGUGGGGAGGUCUUAUGAAUUAUUUCAAGGCAAAGCCAGAAACCAAGCCACCGCCUGUGCAGAACAACUCGUACCAGGCCAGCGACAAAUUACAGAAUGCCCUGUCCUCUAGUCGAGGACAUGAAGAUAAGUACCAGGCCAGUCACCCCAAUCUCAGAAAGAUCGAUACAGCAGGAUUUGGAGCCUCUGCACCAGUAGACGAUGACCCAUCUGUACAGAACGGCCAUCCUAGGAACCAGCAUCUAAGGGCCGCUCAUCAGACCCUGGACACUAACCUAGAUGAUAUGUCCCUGGGACUGAGCAGACUGAAGGGCUUGGGAUUGGGUCUGCAGUCGGAGCUCGAGAGUCAAGACGACUCGCUAGAUUCUCUGAUGAACAAGGUCGAUAAGAUGGACCUGAAGAUCAACAACACCAACCAACAAAUCAAAAACCUAAAAUAAAACUGACUUGCAUACAAACUUUGAGAGACAGAAGUAGAUGGCUUCUUUAUUGCUGGGUAUCAAAGCUGUCCAUAGCAGAAUGACGUAACUAUUAUUUUUUAUCAAAAUGAAUGAAAUACACAUUGUAUUUUAGCUAUUUUGCUUUUUUGCUUACAUGGAUCUUCCUUCUUUUUAUUUGCUGCCUACUAACACAGGCGGUUUUGAUGCCUAAAGCCCAUCUGUCAGUUUUUAUUGAACAGAAUAUUAUUAAGUACAUAUGCAUGUGUGUCUUAUGACUCUACUCAAUUGAGAACAUUUACUCUAAUUUUCAUUGAAAUGUUUUCAAACAAAAUCAACUGAUUGACCACAUUUGAUUGUGUUUC